CAUUUGCCGGCAGCCGCUCCAGUCGGGCUGGGAGCUGCCGGGCUGCGCUCGCAGCGCCUGGCGGGGAGCCCCCCGGGGCGGGCCCGCCCCGACGGAGACCCCCGCGCCCCGCUCUCGAUGGGACUGAGCGCGGCGGCGGCUCCGCGCUCGGGCGGCGCGGGCGGAGCGCGCCCCGCGGGGGCGCCGGGCAUGGCCGCGGGCGGGCGGGGGCCAAGCGGGAGCCGCGGGCACAGCGCCCUCGCGGGGGGCCCCGCCGCGGCCAUGGAGCGCCGCUGAUCGCCGCCGAUCGCCGCCGGGAGACAAUGGCCCUGCACAAACUCUGCUCCGUGCUCGAAGUGUUGCUGGUAACAAUCCUUGUAGUGGAAGGGAUUGCCAUUGCACAGAAGACACAAGGUGGGCAAAAUAUUGGAGUGAAUCGCAUUCCCCCCACCCAGUGCGACAACUGGGUACGGACGAGUAAUGGAGGACAUUUUGCUUCACCAAACUACCCAAACAUGUACCCCCCAAAUCAGGAGUGCAUCUAUAUCUUAGAAGCUGCUCCACGACAAAGAAUUGAGUUGACCUUUGAUGAACCUUAUUACAUAGAACCCUCAUUUGAAUGUCGGUUUGAUCAUCUGGAGGUUCGAGAUGGACCUUUUGGUUUCUCCCCUCUCAUCAAUCGUUACUGUGGUUUGAAAAGUCCUGCGCUAAUUAGAUCAACAGGGAGAUUUAUGUGGAUCAAGUUUACAUCUGAUGAGGAACUGGAAGGAAAGGGAUUUCAAGCAAAGUACUCAUUUAUACCGGAUCCUGACUUCACUUACCUAGGAGGCAUUUUAAAUCCCAUCCCAGACUGCCAGUUUGAGCUCUCAGGAGCUGAUGGAAUAGUACGUUCCAGUCAAGUAGAACAAGAAGGAAAAACAAAGCCAGGACAAGCAGUUGACUGUAUAUGGACAAUUAAGGCUACUCCAAAUGCUAAGAUCUACAUGCGGUUCCUCGACUAUCAGAUGGAGCAUUCAAAUGAAUGCAAGAGAAACUUUGUGGCUGUGUAUGACGGGAGCAGCUCCAUUGAAAACCUGAAGGCCAAGUUCUGCAGCACCGUGGCCAAUGAUGUGAUGCUGCAGACAGGGACAGGGGUGGUGAGGAUGUGGGCAGAUGAAGGCAGCAGAUUGAGCAGGUUCAGGAUGCUGUUCACUUCAUUUGUGGACCCUCCCUGCUCAGGCAACACUUACUUCUGCCAUAGCAACAUGUGCAUCAAUAAUUCUUUAGUCUGCAAUGGCAUCCAGAACUGUGCAUACCCUUGGGACGAGAAUCACUGCAGAGAAAAGAAAAGAACUGGGUUGUUUGAACAAAUCACCAAAACUCAUGGGACAAUCAUUGGCAUCACAUCAGGGAUAGUUUUAGUUCUUCUCAUCAUUUCAAUUCUAGUGCAAGUAAAGCAACCUCGCAAAAAGGUCAUGGCUUGCAAGACUGCCUUCAAUAAAACCGGUUUCCAGGAAGUAUUUGAUCCUCCACAUUAUGAACUCUUUUCGCUAAGGGACAAAGAAAUUUCUGCAGAUUUGGCAGAUUUAUCAGAAGAACUCGAGAACUAUCAGAAAAUGCGACGCCCUUCAACAGCUUCCAGAUGCAUCCACGACCACCACUGUGGCUCCCAGGCCUCGAACAUAAAACAGAGCAGGACCAACCUCAGCUCCAUGGAACUGCCCUUCCGCAACGACUUCGCGCAGCCCCAGCCGAUGAAAACAUUUAACAGCACCUUCAAGAAAAGUACUUACACAUUCAAACAAGCUCAUGAGUGCCCUGAGCAGGGUAUAGAAGACAGGGUGAUGGAGGAGAUUCCAUGUGAAAUUUAUGUGAGAGGAAGGGAGGAUACGGCACAAGGUUCAUUAUCUAUUGACUUUUGACUUCCUGGUGAAGGUGGUAUCAGUGUAUAUACAAGAUGCUUGUGUACAAUGACAGUGUACAUAUUAAAAGUGUACCAUAUGC